UUUUCUAUUUCCAUUUCUAUUUCUAUUGACGACGAGAAACGUAAUUUAUUUAUUACGAAGCUUAGUUGUAGAGAGGUGCAGAUAAUUUAUAUUUUCUAGUCUAUUUUUUAUGUUGGCGUUUGUGAAGAGCGCAUAAAAUUGAGAAAUUGUGAUAUAGUUAAAAUGGUACAACACGAUAGUUCAAAUUCCGGCGACGAGAGCUCUGUAAUCCCGGAAAAUCCUGCUAAAGGUAUUCCUGCUGGAAAAUACCAUUUAGUGGGAUGGGGGAUCGACACAACAGGCCGUCGUCUCAUUGAUGAGAUAGUACAGAUUGCUGCUUUCACCCCGAAGUCUAAAUUUUCACAGUAUAUUAUGCCCUUCGCUGACUUAAACCCUAUGUACAGCCGUAGACACAGUAUUCGUGUAAUCAACACACCACGCUACAGGCGUCUAAAAGACUUGAACACUGGCCAAUUUGUAAAGACCAAGAGUGAAAUUUCAGCUUUGCAGGAUUUUCUGCAGUGGCUCGAGACCAUUAGUGGUGAAGGCGUUGAUGGUAUUAUUCUUAUCUAUCAUGAAAUCCGGAAAGCUUCUCCAGGCAUGCUUUUGGAGGCUUUAAGGAGGUAUCAGUUGAUAGACAGGUUCUCAAAGGUUGUGAAAGGAUUCGCAAAUGGGUUUAAUAUUGCUCAAACGAAGUGUGCAAAUACUACUAAGUCUUUCAGCUUACGGGUGAUGUCGAGAGUAUUAUUGAACAGAGAGGAUGAGAAUUUCAGCAGUGCUGUGGAAAGGGCUCGUGCAUCCUUUGAGAUCGCAUCACAUCUGGCUCAGGGUGAGAGGAUCGAGUUGGAUGGGAAACCCAGUGAUGCGAUUAUAGGUACAGAACAACACAUUAUCAAUUUUGUCUGUCCUUUCACUAACCCGAUUUCAGCGGAGGAGGAUGAAAUUGCUGUAUUUAAGGUGUUGUUGGAAAGACAGAAUACAUUCCGGCCUGUGUUUGGUGCCUUAUUGAGAGCGAGCCGUACAGAAAGACAACACGCAAGCCAUCUGCGUAGACUUCUGGCCGAAAACAACAUCAAUUACGACAAACUGAAAGAAGCAUAUGAAACUGGUGCCAAAGAGGGCCUUGAGAAGGUUAUUAAAAAUGAAGUUGCCAAUGCCAAAGAAAAAGACCUGAAUGAACUGUUAGAGAUUCUGGACUGCUUCUUCGACCCGGAUAAGAAAGCAGUCCAACCAAAGACCCAGCGUUUCUUCCCGACUUACAACCGUCGGAGACAAAAGUCUUUCAACAAAAACCAGAGCUCCAAUUCGGAAAGUCACAGCCCCAAUGCUUCUACCGACAAUCCGACUACGGAGCCAGUAAGCGACGAGACUUCCCCUAGGAGUGAGCCGGAAAAGACAGUGGUGGCAGCGCAAUAAGUGCCUUAUCGUAUCCCUAGUUGUUCCCUACUCACACACACAGUCUCUGGCUUUUUCUUUUCUAACAUUUUCAGUUACUUACCCGCAAAUAUUUAUUUGAUUUCUAUAAGCAACAGCUGUGUUUAAUCUGAAAUAUGACAUAUGGAAUUAUUUUGUUUAAUCAUGUUCUAAGUUAAUGCAUUUUUUUAGAGAGAAUAAUUUAUGUUUACAUACAUGUUGGUU